AUGAGGAGAGAGGAAGUUCUAAGGACGAGCCUGGUGAGCCUGGGAGCGGCGGUUUUCCUGGUGGGGCUCUGCACCUUCUCCUUCAAGAAGAUGAUCGCCACGUACAUUUUCGGCAUCCUCGCCGUCUGCGGCAUCCUGCUUCCAGACUGGGAGUUCUUCGACCGCGACUUCUCUCAGUGGUUCACCCCCAUGCCCGCCGACUGCCACACCGGCGCUGCUGGCCCUUUCGAUCAGACCUCCAGGUUCGGAAGAUCUCCGAUCCUCUUCACCAUUUUUGUCUUCGGAUAACUGUGAUACGACUGGAUUGGGGAUGAUAAGUCCAUCUAGGGUACGAGGAAUUAUAUCAGAAAAAUUAGAAUUACGCCGUCAAAUUUUGAACAUUCAUCCGGUGGCAUGAAUCCAAGUCUGGGAUGAACUUGGUAGGCUGCGUUUUUCUUUGAAUCUUUUGGCACCCGACUGUGGAGAAAGAUUCUAAUCUCACCCAAUCAGAUGCAAGUCUUUUUUGAGCAUGGACUUAUGCCGAUUAGCUGAAGUUAAUGAACCUAGCGACUGAUAGAAUCUGAGACCAUUUCAUCGUUCCUUGAUUUAUUAUUCAUCGAUUGAAUAUGAAGGUUCAUCAACAUGUACAUUUAUGCGUGGAGAUAUAUAUAGAAAUAAUUUUCAGUGUAGAUGAAGAUUUCUAGGCAUAUGACUUAACUUCAGGAGUAAUAUCUAACCCUCAGCAUCUCUCUCUCUCUCGCUUUCACCUUUUAAUGCAAUAGUAAUGGUUCACGUCAAUGUCCUGUAGUAGCUAAUCUGUUGGUUCCAUGUGACGAAUGGGCAUGCGACUUUAAUCACGCAGAGAUGUCACAGGUUCUUUCUAUUUUUUUCUACUGUGAGGAGUAUUUCUAUGAAGAAUACUAAAUUGGUAAAGCACAGGUUCACUGUGAACCCGAUGCUUUACCGUCUUAUUCAUUAGUAUUAAAUCGAACUUAUUUUUCAAUUCUUCUCACUUUCUGGUGAGAUGGGCAUCAGCAAUUUGAUUUUUUGGCGAUGCACUAAAAUCCAGAACCACCACAAACCAGAAGGCUUCUGAACCGAAGGAGAAUCUCCUUGUGCAGAGCCCCUCUCUAUGCCCAGUGGUUUCCAGGCUCCUUUUGGUUUUGGAUCGAACUCCUUCUGAAGGCUUCUUCCUCUCAGCUCUGCAGCUGGAGUCCGCCGUGUGUUCAUACAGCUUGUGUGCGAUUUCUCAAAGGACCACUUUGAUUGAUUCCUUCUGCCAAUCCCCCCUCAAAUAUUUGACCAUGAGAUUAUUUCACUGGGUGUGCCUAAAACAUGUACCCCUCUGGAACUCACCGGCCGUCUAUUUUGCCUCACAAACCUGCAACCCUUUGGGCCUUUAGGUUGAGCAGAUCAUCUUAACAAGCAUGUUUCUUCAUUAGAAAAGUGAAGUGAUUAUGCAUGAUGAUUAUGGAGAGAGAAAGUGCUGCUGGAAGGAUAUGGGCAUCAGACUGAAGUCAAGUUUGACCUACGCCCAUGUGGGGUCAGGACUGAAGUCAGGUUUGCUGGAAGUGAUCUCCUAUUGUCUUAGAUAGGGAGGCACGGUCUGACCGAAGUCAGGUUUGACCUACGCCCAUCUGGGGUCUGACCAAUAUUUGGCCUGGGUCAAUGAGAGCACAAGUAAAUCUAGGAGAAAGGCUACACCAGAUGCCCUUAUUUCCCAUUCACAGAAGAACAUUCCCAGCCAGCGUCUACAUCAACCACCGAAGAUUUCUGGCGCUCAUCUCUGGCAUUUCAUGAUUGAUGCGAUUCACUUGCAUUUAUUCAAUAAAAAUGUGGUAGCAUAUUUGUAGCUCUCCUGAAUAGGAUCCAUGGCAACCCGAAAGUCGGAAUCUUGAUCAUCUGGGUAUGCAUCCAACACGUUUACUUAUAUGUCUCUUCUACUGUUCUUCUUGAUGCUCGCCGGCGGCUUCAAGGUAUUUAUUUAGGUCAAAGUAUUGGCAUAUUGAUUCAUGGUGAUCUUGAUAUUUCCUUCACCGGGUCUCUCUGCAGAUUCAGGUUUUACCCUCUGAGGGUGGCCCUGCUCGCGGCCGUCUACAGCUUCGGCCUGUACAAGUGGUGGGUGUUCAUGUCCAGCUAG